AUGAAGAAUACCUUUGAGCAGAAGUGGCAGUUUACACCAGAUAUGUUUGAGACAAAAGAACACGUCCUUCUAGGACUGGUAGUAGUAACGUGUGUAGUUACGCACGUUUGUUGUCCGCCCCCAGGAGGUCCGUCUCCGUACAGCCGCGCCCUUGAAGAAGCCCUCCGCACCCAAAUCUUCACAACCGACGGUUAUCAGGUUUUACAACGUCCGUCAGAGAGGGUUAUUGUACAGGUUUCCCUGAGUCUUCUCACUGUCAACGAUCUGGAUAUCCGGGACCAAACGCUGUCUUUGACGGGAUUUUUCACGUUUUACUGGCAGGACGAAAGGCUUGACUGGAGUUCCGACUCGACAUAUGACAACAUCCGCUUCCUGUUCAGCUCGGAAACGUACGUUUGGAGGCCUCCAUUGCUCAUAGAAAACUCAGUUGAAGAUGUAUCUAUCAUCAGUGACAAAAACGUCCCAAUGAGAUUCAACAACAGAGGUCUUGUCACGUGGAAUCCGGCGGGUAUAUAUAAGGUGGCGUGUGAGGCAGACACCAGAUACUACCCUAUGGACAUCCAAACGUGUAACCUCACUGUGACAGCCUGGGCUUACACAACCAACGAAAUAACCCUGCUCUUUAAGGACAAUCCAUUUGAUUUGACAUUUUAUUCCACAAAUGGUGAAUGGCAACUUAUCUCAACAGAAACUAUUCUUCCAGAAGCUAUCGCCAGAGGUGGGCAGAGUUUUUCCGGUCUUGACUUUCAGAUCAAACUCAGGCGUCGUCCAAUGUUUCAUAUCCUCAACACCUUGUUUCCAGUGGCACUGAUGGCAAUCCUCAGCGCUACGGUGUUCAAGCUUCCGGCCGAAUCUGGAGAGAAGAUCGGAUUUGCGCUGACAAUACUAUUGGCUUACACUGUGUACCUGACGCUGAUAUCAGAAAAUAUUCCUAGCACGUCCGUCACAGUCUGCUAUCUGUCGUUAUACCUUGCCCUGACCCUAAGUCUCGGAUCCAUGAGCGUCCUGUGUACUAUAUUGGUGCUGAAUGUUUACUUCCGCUCGGACGAAGACGAACCGAUGCCAGGAUGGCUAAAACGACUGACUUUGAAAGUAUUAGCACGAAUUGCUUCUUACAAAAACAAAUGUUGCUGUUUUACGUUCAAUGAUACAAAAAUACACCCCGUCAAUGAAACACCGUCUACAGAACCAGUAAGUGUGAUGCUGCAAGAAGUUGAACAGCCUGAUUUAGUAAAGAAACCCAACAGGAGAAGAAGUAAGCAUCAAGACGAGAUACCGCUGGAGCCUGCAUCCCCCACCCCUUCCUCGACAAGAGCUUUGAUUACGAUCAUGGACGAGACUGAUCUAACGUGGAAAGAACUCUCCAUCAUUUUAGACAGACUGUUUUUCGUGAUUUUUAUGUCGGUCAUUCUUCUGUCUACAACUGGUCUGUUCUACCUUAUCCUGGGCGAAUGGAUCAAUGCUGUUUCCAACAUUCCGGACGAGUGAUGAAGAUAUCUUGGUUCAAAACUAAUAGUGUUAUAAUACAAUUUGGAAGUUCCACGUACGGUUCUAUUACAGUGGUAUAUAGCCGUCGGAAAGUGGUUCACAAUAUCAUUGGUUAUCGGGCCUUUACCAGCUAUGUCAACUCCCUGUCGAGAUGUGAUUUGCUACACAAUAAACAUUUGGUUAUCUCCCUUACUGUGUACGGUAUCCCUCAAAGGCAAACCGCGCAAUACACAAAUGCGCUGUAUUUAGAUAGCAAAAUUAAACAUGUUCCCCAACCACUAUUUUCCAAUAUUUUUGAUAUGUUGUUUGUACACGUGUUCUGAAUAUUAAACAGCAGAAAUAAUUUCUAUUGCAAUUUUUUCGAAGAUAAAACUUAAUUUGACUUGACUAUCAACAUACAGCCGGGGCUGCCAUUCAGGGCUGAUAUUUUGUAUACCACAUUUCUAGCAGUACUCGAUUACAGCGGAGUCGCCUGAAACACAAGAGAAUAAAGUAUAUCGCUCAAGGAAAAAACCACAAUACCCGUGGCAGGACUCUCCUUCGAUCACAACAUCAUGUGUCCUACCACAAGGCCACAGCGCAUCAAAAUUCACUCUGGAUACUAGCAGGACAGUGUUAUGUUUAUUUAUUUAUUUAUCUAUUGAUUUAUUUUCAAGACUGUCAUGACAUGUUUGAUUUUAACUGAUUUAUUUGUGUCCAUUUCUUUACAAUAUCUACACCUGUCAAUGAUAAAACAUCAGGAUAAAAACGCCGUGUAUUAUCAUUCAGGUUUACAAAGAAAACCCGAGUAUUCAAUCAUUUUGCAGUGAAUUCAAAUGGCAUAAAUUUUGUAAAUGGUAAUGAAAAUGAAGGGACCAUCCUCUGCUUGUUCUACUUAUUGAGUAUUGAACGAAAUAAUCAAUUGGUAUAUCGAUAUAUAUUUCGUUCGAUAUUCACCAUACGUUCCCUUGUUAUAACUUUCACACGUAUGGCUAUAUAGAUAUACCUUAACCUUUCCACUACAUUGUAGACCGACAAACCACAGUGCACUUUGUGAAGUGGUUUUGUGUAAAGAGAACGCUACCGUUCUCAGUCAAUACAUCAAUAGACCAAUUCAUUAUCUCGUUCUAUUCUUAUAAUUUAAAACUAAAAUAAAAAUGUACAUAAUGAAAAUAUGUGUAAUCUGCAACAACAUGAGUAUUCUUUAUUGAAAAAUAACCCCAAAAAACGCUGUACGGCGAGUUUAUGGUCAAAGUCAACCUCAUUCUGAGCAUGUUGUUUUGAUAUACAUUAUUUACAUAAGAUUACCGUCUGAUAAGUCGCCAUGUGUAUGAUGUCAUCGAAACGCUCUGUUUUAUUUGAUCUAUCACUUGAUAAGCAUUUAUCAAACAAAAUUAAGUGAUAUUACAAAUAUAUGGUGAUUCAUUUUAAUAGUGGUUUUUAAAUAAACGUUUUACAUAAAGAAAAGAAAAAUCAGCUACGCAAGUAAACAACUCCUGUAUUCAAAUGUCCCGCAGGUAAGGAGUAAAUAUUGUUCCUGAUAUCCCAUUGCAUGAUCGUAAGAUGCGGCUAAAUUUGGGAUCUAACAAACUUUCUUCUUUCCCAUGUCUUCCUUAACAAUGCCUCACAGGCAUUUAGUUGAACGUUCGCCCCCGUGAGGAAGGCUUUGGGUUCUGUCUCCUGGCCGGGACAUACCAGUAUCUCGAAAUAUUGCAGUUUUUUACUCCUGCUAUGCGCUCAGCAUUUUGGGAGUGGGGCGAGUGGUUCGCCUGUUGUCAGUAUAAUGUGACUGGGUGGGGUGACCUGCUGGGUGAUUUCGGCAGUAUGCUUCAGUGGGGUAGCACUAUAAAGUCGGCAUCAGUUCCGCACUAUCAUAAUGACACAAAAACGAAUACACCGCAGCCUUCCAAAACACACACAUUCACCACACAUCUCGCACACAGGAGAGACCUUAGCUGUUUAUAGGACUAAA